GCUGGACUGAGCUUGUCCUCUGAUAGGCCAACGCUCGUACCUCGCGCAUGGCCUAUCGCCCAAGGAGGCGCAAGUCAAGUGGCUGUGUGCAACACUCCCUCUUCGCGAUGCCAGCCGAGCUUCGGACAUUGGUCGCUUUACUGGGGCUUAUCUGGUAUACGGCCCUACUGGGCCUCAGCGUUAUAGGAUGUCACACUGCUCGUCGGCGGUAUCGACUUCGACCUCGUUCUCCCUUGGCUUCUGCGGGUCCAACCACUGUUCCAGGCGUUUCCAUACUGCGGCCACUCAAGGGACUCGAUACCAACCUGUAUGAAAACCUGGAAUCUACAUUCAAUCAGGAGUAUCCGAACUACGAGGUUCUCAUGUCCGUUGCGGAUGAGCAAGAUCAGGCCCUGUCAGUAGUCAACGAUUUAGUGGCAAAGUACCCCAGCGUGAAAGCCAGAAUAAUCAUAGGAGAACAGGUGGUUGGCGUUAAUCCCAAAGUCAACAACCUAGUUCGUUCGUGCCGAUUCGCAGAAAAUGACAUCUUAUGGGUGCUGGACUCGAACGUAUCCGUUGCACCGGGCACGCUUGCGCGUUCAGUGGACGCUCUCACUGCUUCAUCUGCCCAUCUUUCCACAAAACACCGCCGGCGAAUAGCUCUCGUGCAUCACGUCCCUUUUGCCUGGUCCAGCGAACCCACGUUCGGUUCUCAGGUGGAAGAAGCGUUCAUGAACACCAAUCACGCCAAGAUGUAUCUGGCGAUCAAUGCCGUGGCUCUGGACAGCUGCGUGGUUGGCAAGUCCAAUUUAUACCGACGUUCUGACCUGGAACGGGUGAAUGGUUCGCUACGUCCAAUUCCUGCGGGCAAUGUUAAGCAAGAAGGGGAAUGCGGGCUCCCAGCUUUUGGUCGCUUCCUUGCCGAGGACAACAUGGUUGCCAGCGCAUUUUGGCAUGAAUUAGGGGAUCGACAUGAUCUUUCUUGCGACGUGGCCCGAAACGCCGUUGGCAAGAUGUCGUUGGGGGAAUAUCUACGUCGGCGCGUCCGAUGGAUUCGGGUUCGCAAACGCAUGGUCAUGGCUGCCACGCUGCUGGAGCCAUUCACUGAAUCGCUCCUUUUGGGCUUCAUCGCUGCCUCUAGCAUUCGUCAAAUGUUCGCCGUGCCCAUUUGGUUUACCAUGAUCAUCCACUAUGCAUGGUGGUUGACUGUGGAUCUCGAUGUCUAUGCUUCUCUUGCAGGACACCCGGUACCUUCCUCAACGUUCUGGAGCUUCUUGUGUGCAUGGUGUACGCGAGAAAUCUUGGCGUUCCCGAUAUGGGUCUGGGCAAUAUCGGGGGAUGAAGUGGAUUGGAGAGGGAACACAUACCGCGUGCUCAGGAAUGGGGAGGUUGAACGUGUGCCACAGGGAGGGUCUGGCGGAAUACGCGGAUGGUGGGCUCUUGAGCAACGGAAUGGGUAUGAUCCUGUAUCACAGACAAGCCACUUGAAUUGACUUGCAUGUAACCGAGCACGUGCAACCGAGGCCCCGUAACUAGUAAUAGUAUUGACG